AUGACCCUUGUGUCCUUGGGGAUCCUUCACCUGCAUGAACUGAGCCCAGACCACGAAACCAACUCGGAAGCUGAAUGGAAGAAUGCGGUCGAUAUCGUCGCCGUCCACGGAUUGAAUGAAGACUCAAUAACCGCGUGGAGUGCUCCCGAGACUGGGACGCUCUGGCUAAAAGACUUGAUCCCGAAGCACAUACCCCAAGCACGAGUUCUGUCCUUCGGAUACGAAUCCUCCCCCAGCCGUUUUGACGGGCCCGGCUUUGUAGAUAAAAUCCGAAGCCUUGCGACGACCUUAGUUGCGGAUCUUGAAGCAGACAGAAGCUUGGGGGUCUGUCGAACCCGGCCGAUAAUCUUCGUCUGCCAUGGACUAGGAGGUGUAAUUGUCAAGAAAGCACUUGCCCACUCUGCAAGUUCAACGUCUCCCCUGGUCGCUCAUCUGAAUGAGAUUUUUAUUUCGACGUUUGCAAUCUUGUUCUUUGGAACGCCGCAUAUCAAUAUUAACUUGGCCAACUGGCUUGUUCUAGAAUCCUCAGGGGUCGGAGAUGGCCGCGCUCAACGACCUGGGUAUUCACAAUCGUCACCCCCGAAGAAGCUCCAGAGCCUGGAAUCCAUUACUGAUCAAUUUGCCCCUUUGAUGAAAAAGUUCUAUACUACCUUUUUCUGGGAAGGUAUGCCGACCGAUUUUGGAGGCUAUCAUGAUUUCCUUGUUGAACCGGCCUCCGCCGCUCCGGCUAUCUACGAGAGCCCAAAAUGUGCAAUUGUCGGCGCAACUCACUCAAGAAUGGUGAAGUUGUUAGAAUGGAGUCCAUCUUACUCUACGGUGCUUGCGACGCUGAAAAGGUACUGCUUGAAGGCCCCCGGUGUGAUUAAUGAUCGCUGGAAGAAGGCCAGGGAUGCACUGGCUCGAGCUAGGCUUAAUGAAGCCCAUGAAAUGGCUGGUUUUCGCUUCAGCCUGCCCGACAAGCUCGCAGACCAUGUUAUAAAGAACAUUUCCAAGCAGGAAGCGCGAAAUCAGCACCUUUAUACGCCCUUGCUUCCUUCUGUAAACUACAUCGGGAGGAAAGAGAUCAGGGAACAGAUUCGACAGGCACUUCUUCUGCCAGAAACCGAGUUCAUCAGACAGAGCCAGAGGCGCCUUAUCGUACAUGGCAUAGCAGGCUCGGGGAAAAGUCAGCUGUGCACAAAUUUCGCUUCUGACAACCGUGAAAGUUACUGGGGCAUCUUUACAAUUGACGCGACAUCCGAGGCCCUUGCAGCCAAAUCCUAUGCCGAAAUCGGCAAGAUAGGGGGUUUGGCAAGCACGGAAAGCGCUGGGAAACAUUACCUCUCACAAGCUCGCGAGCCAUGGUUGCUUAUCAUUGAUAACGCAGAUAGCCCUGAGCUUCACCUUCCCAGCUUGUUUCCUCCCGGAGAUCGAGGGCACAUUCUCGUGACUACGAGGAACCGGGAGAUUCAACGGUAUGGGAAUGUAGGGAGCAUAGAGCUUGGAAAGCUUGGAGAGGAAGAAGCACUCUAUCUACUCCUGAAUUCGGCAGAAAUCUCGCCCCCAUGGGAUAAGUCGACAGAGACGAAAGGCAAGGAGAUUGCUAAGAUCUUGGGAUAUUUGGCACUCGCCAUAAAGCAGGCCGGGUCUGCAAUAUCUCGCAAACUUUGCAACCUAGAAGACUAUCUCGCUUUUUAUCAGUACUACCGAAAGAAGCGCAAACAAAAAGCUUCUAUUGCCUCCAGCAGUGCCAGAGAAGAUAUUUACUCCGCCUUCGACCUUUCAUUCGAACAUCUGGAUAAGAAGCAGACUAGCACGAGCCAGGAUGCUAUCGAGAUUCUCAAUAUUGUCAGUUUUUUCCACUUCGACAACAUUCGUAUUGAGAUAUUUGAAAGUGCUAUGAGAAACCGGCGAACAGCCCAAGCCCCAUCCUCAUUGAUCAGUCGUCUCCAAGCUCCCCGCCCAUUUCCUCAUUUUCUCAAACGAGCCAGUGAGGAUACAGACAUCUAUUAUUUAAGAGUAGUUCUGUGUGAGCUAUACACCCUCUCCCUCAUCGGCUAUGACGAAGACCUCAAAAGCUUCCGGUUGCACCCCCUCAUACAUGCCUGGGCCAGGGAUCGCAUUGAUCCAAAGGAAAGAAAAAUCUGGGCCCUGCUCGCUUUAAAUACCCUGGUUGAGGCGAUUUUGCUACCAUCGGAUGACCACAAAGGACUAGACACAGAUCUUGGAAAAGACAUUUUGCCUCACCUUGACGAAUGUCUUGCCGCAUGUCCGGUGGAGAUUGAGAGGUUCAGUAUUCCGUUUGGACGUCUUGGAAUUCAGGUAGCGAAACUAAUCAUGGCGACACACUUUCUCAAUUUGAAGGACAAAGCAGAGACGGCUGCAAGAUGUGGCUAUGUAUACGCUUUGUGCGGCCGCUUCGCAGACGCUGCUCGCUAUAUCACAAUGGUUAAGGACCUGACGGUACAGACUUUGGGAUACGACAACCCAAGAACGCAAAUGGCGAUGAUGGGCUUAGCCAACGUCUUGUGGGGCCUUGGAAAACUGGAACAGGGCAUCGCAUUACAGAAACGGGUCGUCGAAGUCCGACAAAAAUGGCUCGGCAGCUCUCACCGUGAUACCUUGAAAGCUAUGGCAACAUUGGGUCAAUCGUUGUGGUUGAAUGGCCAGUAUCUUGAAUCUUUACAGCUGCUGGAGAAAACUACCGAAAAGAUGAUUGACACGCUGGGUUCUGAAGACAGAGAUACAUUGGUUGUGAUGGACAAUCUUGGGGUGACGUUGGGAUCCUGGCAACGAUACGAAGAAAGUAGAGCCAUGCACGAACGGGUAUUAAGAGUUCGGCAAAGAGAUGCUGAGGAAGACGACAUAGAUACCCUGACAACUAUGAGCAACUUGGCUAUGGCUCUAUUGGAUCUAGGGGAGCUCGAACAGGCAAAAGAAAUGAUGAGCCGGGUGUAUAAAUUGCGUCAAAAGAAGCUCGGCAAAGAGCAUCCAUACACCUUAUGGGCGCUUUGCUAUCUUUCAAAGAUAUACACAGAGCUAGGGCUACUCGACCAAGCAGAAAGAAUGUUGGAGGAUGGAAUCGCGGCAGGCAAGCGCAGUCUCAGUGAAGAUCAUCUCGGGGUCCUUAUGGGAUGCGGAGAGCUCGCACGAGUGUAUGCACGGCAAGGUCGCCUGGAGGAGGCCGAGAGACUCUCCCUGAGCGUGCUCCAGAAAGUAAAAGUAACCCGCGGCUCGGAACACUUCGACUAUAUUUUCGGAAUGUGGAAACUUGGUCAACUAUACGAAAAGAAGAACCAAGUUCGGGAGGCCUUGGACGCCUAUCGGGUCGCCUUUGAGCACACCGAGACUCGUCUGACCAGGGAGCAUCCGCUUGCUAAACAGAUUGAACUCCGUAUAGACCAGCUGAACAGCUCAAUAUCCACAAAUCCCGAGACUACAAACAUCAAGGAAGAUCACACCUAUUGA